UCUCACACACGCACACACACGCACUACUCACGUUUAACUCGAACGAACUAGACAGUGCGCCGAAAUUUAAACAAUCAAACUUUAAAUGUCUGAGUUUAUCUGCGUGUUUAUAGAGCUGCGCGUUCUUUCUAAUUUCUCUCUCUGUAAUCUGCCACUUGGUUUGUUUUUUCAAGAGGAUUUCUGUGUAUAUUUGCAAACCUAAGGACUUGUUACUGAUAGGACUUUACUGUAAUCAAAAUGUCAAUUUUGCCUUUCACUCCCCCCAUUGUGAAAAGGCUUUUGGGUUGGAAAAAGGCAGAACAAAAUGGUCAGGAUGAAAAGUGGUGUGAGAAAGCAGUGAAGAGUCUGGUAAAGAAAUUGAAGAAAACGGGCCAACUGGAUGAAUUGGAGAAAGCCAUCACUACUCAGAAUAUCAACACGAAAUGCAUCACCAUACCGAGGUCUCUGGACGGCCGUCUCCAGGUGUCCCACAGGAAGGGGCUGCCCCACGUCAUCUACUGCCGCCUGUGGCGCUGGCCAGACUUGCAGUCCCACCACGAGCUGCGGGCGGUGGAGCUCUGUGAGUACGCGUUCCACAUGAAGAAGGACGAGGUGUGUGUCAACCCCUACCACUACCAGCGAGUGGAGACACCAGUACUGCCUCCAGUGCUUGUGCCCCGACACUUGGAGAUCCCAAAUGAGUACCCACCAUUGGACGACUACAGCCACUCCAUCCCAGAGAAUACUAACUUUCCUGCCGGCAUCGAGCCCCAAAGCAACUACAUACCAGAGACACCACCGCCAGGCUAUCUCAGUGAGGAUGGGGAGACCAGUGAUCAUCAGAUGAACCACAGCAUGGACACAGGCUCCCCCAACCUGUCACCUAAUCCUGUCUCCCCCACACACAGCAACCUUGACCUGCAGCCUGCAGCCGUGACGUACUGUGAGCCGGCCUUCUGGUGCUCCAUCUCCUACUACGAGCUCAACCAGCGUGUGGGAGAGACCUUCCACGCCUCUCAGCCCUCCAUGACAGUGGAUGGCUUCACAGACCCAUCCAACUCAGAGCGUUUCUGCCUCGGCCUGUUAUCUAACGUCAACCGCAAUGCCGCUGUGGAACUCACACGCCGUCACAUUGGCAGGGGUGUGCGUUUGUACUACAUCGGAGGAGAGGUUUUUGCAGAGUGUCUCAGCGACAGUGCAAUAUUUGUCCAGAGUCCCAACUGUAACCAGCGCUACGGCUGGCAUCCCGCUACCGUCUGCAAGAUCCCACCUGGUUGCAACCUGAAGAUUUUCAACAACCAGGAGUUUGCAGCUCUCUUGGCCCAAUCGGUCAACCAGGGUUUCGAGGCUGUCUACCAGCUGACCCGCAUGUGCACCAUACGCAUGAGCUUCGUCAAGGGCUGGGGAGCAGAGUACAGGAGACAGACGGUGACCAGCACCCCUUGCUGGAUAGAGCUGCACCUCAACGGGCCCCUGCAGUGGCUGGACAAGGUGCUCACACAGAUGGGCUCCCCCAGCAUCUGCUGCUCAAGCGUGUCGUAAAAGCCCAGCCCUUCCUCUGAACCCCACAUCACAGCAUCCAUCAGUAAGCCAAUACACAAACUAGGACACCCGUUCAUGCCCCCCCGUCCCCGUCCCUCACACACACAACUCAUCGUUAUUGCUAGGCCCUUUUUAAUACGCUGGUGGUGAAAAGGGGUAAGUGCAUUAAACAGUACCAUUGAAGUAUUGUUCCCAUAAUGUGUCCAUAUUUGUUAUGUGUUUUAUGUACAAAAAACACUUUUUUUACAUCUAGUGCCAAACUUGCAAUAGCGUGUGUGGUCGAAUUUCUUUUCAAGUACAUUCUAGAAUGUGUUUUUGAAGAUUAUUUUUCUGUCUUUCCUUAAACUCUCGUUGUAGGACGUAAUGAAUAAUGUAGAGGUUCCGAAAAAUUUACAGAUGGCAUGGUUGUUUAGCACACACAAAAUUACAUGUGAAACACACUUAAAAGGUGUGAAUCUAUUCAAAAUGUCCAUAUUUGAGGUUGGUUAUAAAUGUCUCCUCUGUAGUGCACGAGGGAAAUGUAUGUAUGUCCUUUAAGCACCUGUUUUAUAUUCCUACUGAAAUUUGAAUGGAUCUUUGUCACAAGAAUGCUCUUAUUCCCUCCCUAGAAGUCCCUUUUUUAAUCAGUGUAAAGAAAACUUUAUGAAAGUAUAGAGAUCGUUUAAUGUGCAAGGAAAUAAGUGGUUCAGCUGCAACAAUACAGUACAAACAUACUUUCCACAUGGUCUGCAGGUAACAAUUUACACAAACACAGACAGAAAAGAAAAACUGAAAACACAAGCAACACAACAUCAUGAUACGUCACAGAAUCUCCCCUCUAAACACAUGAAAGGUUCUAUUGCAUCUUGCCGUCUGAUGAUCCCAACCAAAACAUUCUCUAAACAAGUUACCCCACAUUUCAGUAAAUUUGGACACAGAAUCCUUCAGUUUAGCUAGCAUAACCUUGUAUGUAUGUACAGUAUGUAUGUAUGUAAAUCCAGUUCCUAUAACUAGGUAUGCUUGUAUGUUUCCAGUUCCUUAGUAUAAUCCUGACUGCGUUAAGGAAACCUGCAAGGACUAAUCCAAACUGUGGCAUAAAUUCAGCUGGUAGAACAGAUUUGUCUCCCGGAAAGCAGAAUUUUGCCGAGCUUGGCAGCUGAUCCAGCUUCUCAAACCACUCGGGUCCAACACGGGGAAAACAAUGGGAGAGUCCCACAUCAGAUGUAGAAAAGUAUGCAGAGAACUCUUACAUUUCCUGGACUCAUUGCCUUGAAUUAGACCAAGCUUUUUAAAUCUGACUGGAGUCCAAUAAUAUCAAAUAAUUUCUGUAACUAAUAGCCUACAUCACAUCUUUAUAUCUCUUACUGGCCAAUUCAUGUUAAGGACAGUUUUCUUGUUAAAGCUCAAUGUUGAGCUCCUUUCGCCAUAUUAUCCUCAAAUUCAAUGUUUUACCAUACAGAGCAUGUGUUGCCAUUUUAUCAAAUACAGAGGAUAAAGGUAACCUUUAAAAAUCAACGUGAUUGGUGGUAUUUCCCCCUUGAUGGUAAGUCCCCUUUAUCAAUAAAAAAAUAUUUAAUUUACCCCUGAUAAGAGUUAAACACUCCAUUCCCAAAUAGUUCAGCAAUUGUGGCUAAACCCUUAGUGUGCCAUACCCUCCAACAUUAUCACUCAUGAAGCGCCCUCCAAAUUAUCCCCCAAGUCCCCUGAAGUAGCAUAUACUGUACUGGGUGCCGAGUCUUAGUUGGUUCGUCACCAGUACUUUGGGCGGAUUCUCUCAAUCCCUCAGAACAGAGAAGUCUGUCAGUGUUUGGCCAAAUCCAUCUUGUUGGAAACAGCCCAGCCCUCCAGAUCAUUCCUCUGAUCCUAGUUGAUUAGGACUUGUGGAUUUGAACCUUGGUCCAGAUGUCUCUCAAAACAGGGUAUGAUUUGUAAGUGUAUUACGGUUCAUCCACAUGGAAAUGUUGCUUUGCUGUAAGUGAUUUUAGAAUCUGUGUUUAUGAAUGACAAAAUGAACAAGGGGAAACACAAAUGUAGGUCUGUAAUGACUUCCCAGUGAUUAUGAUGGUUAUACAUUGAAACACUUGUUGCUCAGUUACACCGUAAUUCCUAGUCAGUUGUUAUCAUUGUAAGUUUAUAACUUGUUAAACUCCAGUGAAUGCAAGAGAAUAUAGUGAAUGUUUUUGUUUUAUUGCCAUGUGUCCAAGUGAAUCCAUCAUCACACUGUAAUAAUAAUCUCUCUUAUAUAGCUAGACUAAGAAUGUCAUAAACUCCAAUUCAGUGCCAAAUGGAAGAAAAGCAAAGCUCUGAUCUGAAUAUGUUGGUGCUAGCAGAUGUAGCAGAGAAUUAUUGGGCCACGUCACACAAUUACAUCAUUCCUCUAAAAUGACAAUACAAAUGUUGAUAAUUAUGGCACCUCAGCAGCCAGCUUAGUUGACAAAGUGAACUUUCCACACAAA